AUGAACUGUUUUUUUCAACAGGCUGUGUGCGAUCAUAAAUGUCGUUUUAUUCAUUGCUAUGCUGGGAAUGUGGGUUCAGUACAUGAUCAACGGGUUUUCAGAUUAUCUGAACUGAAAAAUUACCUUGAUGACGCAACCAAAUUUCCUAAUAACACCCAUUUAAUUGGUGAUUCCGCUUAUACCUUGCAUGAACACAGUGCCGGAGCAAUCGUCGGGGCGAGCGGGACAUGUGCCCCGGGCCCCGCGAUUUUGGGGCCCGAUAUUUAUAGUGCUCCCACCUGA